AUGUCCGGCUACCCCGACCGCAAGUACAUCUACGACGUCUUCCGCAACCUCUACUACCCUCCCGAGGGCACCAAGAAGUUCUUCGACUACGUCGACGACAACGUCGACUGGACCGUGACGGGCCAGCACCGCUUCUCGGGCCACUGGAAGACCAAGAAGGACUACUACGACGCCACGUGGGCCAACAUUUAUCUCCUUCUUGCCGAUCCUGGAUACAAACUCGAAGUCCCCGGUGGAGAGGAGGGCGUCAUCGUGGGCCAGGAUGGAUGGAGCGUCAUUGAGAUGAAGACGGUGGAUACCAAGACCAAGAGCGGUGUGCCGUAUAACCAGCAUUAUAGCUGGCAUUGCCGAUGGAGCAAAGAGGGCAAGAUUGUCGAGGCCAAGGCGUUUUUGGAUGCGGAUCAUUUGGAGAAGGUGUUUGGUGGGGAGCAGAGAAGGCUUGGCAUUUCGAACAAGUAG